GCUUGGAGUGCUUCUCGCGUGGUCAGCAAUGCAGUUAACAGCUCGAAUACAUUUUGAGCAUAAGUCGAUCAUCUGUGGCGCUCAGAGAGAGAUUGCUGUCAUGUUGGUCUGGACUCUGAAGCAUAUUCGUGACCGUGUUGACAAAUUAUGGUAUACGUUUUGUUUUUGUGUCUGAUACUAGAAAUAUGGUGUGAUUUUUGGAAAGAAAUGCGUCCGUGGUGUGUAAAGGGUGUUAGAUGAGAUACACGGAGCGAACAAGAUCACAUAUACGAUUUAGGGAUUUGUUCGCUCGUGUCGUGUGCGUGCUCAUAGUUUCUGUGUUUUUGAAUUAGACGUUUCCGAACACUUUGUGACUAUUUCAUUCACAAACGUCAACAUGUCGUUAAGAACAGAUUGCUCAGUCUUGAAUAGACAUUGUCGCGAAAUAUAUUGUUCAGACUGGUUUUAUGGCCCGUGAUAUUUCGCUCAUCUCACAUACAUUUCACCCGAAAAUUCAUCUGCAUUUGUUACCCUACCUGUUGUGUUGAAGUGAACUGAUCGAGUGCUUUUGAGGGCUAGAGAGAUGGGCCACGGUGCUUCAAAUAAAAAACCAUCUGCUGUUACCAGUCUCGAUUUAGCGCCAUGGUCACGGAAUCUGCGCAAGCGAAAGCUCGGGAUGUGUGCCAAGAAUCGACUGAAGGUAACCACAGUCAUUGAAAGGUGGUAGGUUGGCAGUUCGCAGCAGUACGUACGAGUAAUAUGGAACAGUGAGAUUUCAGGUUCUUCCGGCGACGAUUGUGGACAAGACUUCUGGGAUGUCCCCCCUUGUAGGUUCCUUGAAACUGACCGACGUUGUUCGAGGUUCGUACUGCCUUCAUCACAGGGCAGUCGCAUCGUCCCGGAUGACAUCUUCACUAUGCAACACAUUAGCGGUUGAUAUGACGUGGAUGCGUGGUUACGUUUGACUACGCACUGUUGCUACGCAAGAUGUUGUUAGGUGUUGUACUUUCUUGAAGAAACGGCCGUAGCUUUUGUUAGGGCCCUUUUCUAAACGAGUGAUUUUAAAAUGGCACACUUGCCACUUCGCAGUACCACAUCGCCUUCACAAACCCUUAAAAGGAACAUACUCUUUGCAUUUUGAUCCAUUGUCGUUAAACUGCCCAAGAUUUUUCUGAAAGCUGCGUAUAAAUUCUUCCACAUUAAUCUUUAAGCAUGAUUUCUUUUCAUAGCGGAAGUUGAACCGAGUUGACUGAUGGUCGCACGAAAUUCUGAGGUGGUAGCGACACUUGAUGUGGGAUGCUGAAAUUAGCAACUCUGCGGAACAAAGAAUGUUUGCCCAGAUGCAUUUUAAUAAUUGUAACGUGUUUUACAUUUGUAAGCAACAGUAAAAAAUGUACCCGAAGUGAGAUUCGAUCGUAUGACCAUUUACGUACGACCCCAGCAACAUGAACCCGUGAACAAUAUUACGUUCGUUUGUUGGAAUGCCUACAUAGACUGCGCAGUAUGGGAUUAGACUUUAUGAAUUCUGCUUGGAACUCCUUGUCAAAUUUUCAUUCAUUGAUGUUAGGUAAUUGGCUUUAAGAUCGCGCUUUUAUUAUGCAAGUUGCCUCUUACAGUCUUGUUUUUAUACAGUUAAUUAUCCAAAUGAAGUAGAGUGUGGCAUGAGUGGGGAAAAAGGCGUUUAGCACCGAGGUGUUGGGGAAAUGAUUCAUUAAAUGCGUUAACAUGACCUAUCAUCUGCACAUUUUGUGAAUGAUUUCUCCAACAAAUAGAGGAACGAUACUGUAUACUUUAUUAUAUUUUGAACUGGGCAAAGACUGUGAUAUUACGUUUUCGAUUCUAUCGGCAUGAACCUGCUGAAGCAGUGAAUUCGUUUAUUUUUUCUAGCAAAAUUACACGAAGAAACAAAUUCAUUCGCCAAAUUAUGUUUCGCAAAACCCAUUGCAGAAGCAAUCACAGAGCUUUGCUGCGAUCAGGUCGCGUGCUUUCAUCUCGAAAGGCAAGGAACGUUAUGCUCGUGUUUAAUUUAUUUGCGGGAUAUGGCCGUUAUAUUUGGCUAUAAACAUUUAUUUUUUGUUUCUUCGCCACAGUUUACGUAAGAAAUUAGCAGAAAGCUACUGCGUUGCGCAUUCUUUCUUGGAGCCCGCUCUGCCUGGUAUUUUUAGUCAGGCCAGCAUUUGGCAGGGGAGGCAAGCGUAGCCGGAGUAUCUUUAGUUGCAUCCCUGGCUGCGCUGUUGUCACGUUUCUGAAGAGUACGUGGGGGAGGUCGGAAGAAAUGUCUUUUAUUUACGACCACGAAAGUGUGUAGUUCAAACGACACGACUCUAUUGUUGCAAUGGUAGAAAAGUUCAGUGCAGAAACAACAAGAAAUGUUGACACAGUUUUACCAACGUGGCGUAGGAUGUUUGGCCGAAUCCUGUGGUCACCAGUAAUCACUUGGCAAUAUGUGACAACGCUGAACGGACAUUUCGGCCUCUGAGAGUUCUCGUCACCUUUUCUUUCUAUUGGGGCCAGAUCGAAACUGACCGUUGAAGAUAGCAGGAGAAUGGCUUCUCGUGCAAACACAAAUGAGACGAUUUCGACGGCACCUAGCAGAAGACAUCGCUACUCUCGCUCCACGACCUCAAGCGUGACUCAGCUGCUGAGUGAAUCUUGCUCCAGUUUGCUCCACCGUAUCACAACGCGGGUACGCGGAGCUUCCACUACCACCGAUAAUAUCGCUACAUCAAAUCCGUCAUCGACUUCGGUCGCCCUUGAGUUGGGAAUCACCAGAUCCAGGCUAGAAGACAAGUACUCUGCAGUGCUAGACAAAUAUGGACGUCGGAGGGGUGAUGCAGGGACCCGCAGGGUCGGGACAGAAUCACGAAGGGUGGAAACAGAAUCUGUCCGUGAAGUUUCUAAAUCUCCUCCCUUGUUGACAAAAAGUGCUACCACGGCCAAUAUCGUUCUUGCAGAAAAGGCAUACCCCUAUGUGAGCAAAAGUACAGCAGCUCCUCUCCGAGAGAAAACACCUUAUCGCCAUGGUGAGCAUAGGCUGCAGCAACAGGCUUAUAGUAGCAGUCGUCAUAGACAUAAGUCUGGUCAAGGGGAUCAUUCACGACGAGUUCCCGUGCGCCCCGUACGAGCGGGCAAAAGUGAACAGGGUGAACGAAGGCUACUGCUUUCUGGUCUACGUCUCUGCCCUGUUGAGAUUGAACCUUCCAGUACUGAUGAAACUCCAAAGCGGGAACAUCCCAUAGAAGAUGCUGUGAAUGAACGUGAGGCCAGGCGGAAAGAGAUUCAGAGCCUGAUAAUGAAGUACACUGCUUUAGAUGAAGCAUACAAUAAGUCUGCUGGUGAGGGAAAGUGUACAGUAGAGGAGUCUAGUGGAAGAGUUGUUGCCCCAGAAGGAAAGUACUACUUGUUAGAUGAUGCCUAUAAUAGAGCGUAUGAGGCAACGUCAAAUAAGCAAAAGUCUACGAAGUCCUCCAAUGUUUUUGCCAGCAAGUACCAGCACAAAUAUACCUCUGCUGUGGUACCAACUAGCUCUCGAGCACCCUCGGUGGAAGACGAUGAAGAUGGCCACCUGAUAUAUCGCCAUGGCGACGUUCUCCAAGACCGAUAUAAGAUCCUGGCCACCCUUGGGGAGGGCACAUUUGGCAAAGUGGUAAAAGUUAAGGAUAUGCAUGUAGAUCAUGUGAUGGCACUUAAAAUUAUCAAGAAUGUUGAGAAAUAUCGGGAAGCAGCCAAGUUGGAGAUCAAUGCCCUGGAGAAAAUUGCAGAGAAAGAUCCUGACAGUAGGCACCUUUGUGUUAAAAUGCUUGACUGGUUCGACUACCAUGGCCAUAUGUGUAUUGCAUUUGAAAUGCUGGGACUCAGUGUUUUUGACUUUCUGAAAGAUAAUAAUUACCAGCCGUAUCCACUGGACGCUGUUCGUCAUGUUGCGUACCAGUUGUGCUAUUCUGUAAAAUUUCUUCAUGAUAACAAAUUAACUCAUACUGAUCUCAAACCUGAGAACAUUCUUUUUGUGGACUCUGACUUUGAAAUUUGCUACAACAGUAAAAAGAACUAGGAUGGUCACAACCAUGUGAUGUUUGGUCAAUUGGCUGCAUAAUAUUUGAAUUGUACCUUGGCAUAACGUUAUUCCAAACGCAUGAUAACAGAGAACAUCUUGCUAUGAUGGAAAGAAUUCUUGGUCCCAUUC